GAGACCUCAUGGAAGGAGAGCUUUACUCUGCUCUCAAGGAGGAAGAGGCCUCUGAAUCAGUUUCCAGUACAAACUUCAGUGGUGAAAUGCACUUCUACGAGCUUGUAGAAGACACAAAAGAUGGGAUCUGGCUGGUACAGGUCAUAGCAAACGACAGGAGCCCACUGGUGGGGAAAGUUCACUGGGAGAAAAUGGUGAAGAAAGUAUCAAGAUUUGGCAUACGUACUGGCACUUUUAAUUGUUCCAGUGACCCCAGAUACUGCAGGAGGAGAGGUUGGCUGAAAUCCACCCUCAUUAUGUCAGUUCCCCAAACCAGCACCUCCAAGGGCAAAGUAAUGCUUAAGGAGUACAGCGGGCGCAGAAUCGAAGUGGAGCACAUUUUCAAGUGGAUCACAGCCCACGCUGCUUCUCGGAUCAAAACCAUCUACAACUCUGACCAUCUAAGAGAAGAGUGGAACAGAAGCGACCAGUACCGCGUGAAGAUCUACCUGUUUGCCAGCCUCGACCAGCCUCCCGCCUUCUUCUCCGCCCUGAGCGUCAAGUUUACAGGGAGGGUGGAGUUUAUUUUUGUGAACGUGGAGAACUGGGACAACAAAAGUUACAUGGCAGAGAUCGGUGUCUACAAGACGCCGUCGUACAUACUUAGGACUCCCGAGGGGAUUUACAGGUAUGGAAAUCACACCGGUGAAUUUAUUUCGCUGCGCGCCAUGGAUUCCUUUCUGCGCUCGUUACAGCCAGAAGUUAACGAUUUAUUUGUUUUAAGCUUGGUUUUGGUUAAUCUGAUGGCGUGGAUGGACCUGUUUAUUACACAAGGCGCUACUAUAAAGCGUUUUGUGGUCCUUAUAAGCACUUUAGGGACGUAUAAUUCGCUAUUAAUUAUUUCCUGGCUCCCCGUGUUAGGGUUUUUGCAGCUACCCUAUUUAGACAGCUUUUACGAGUACAGUUUAAAACUCUUCAGGUACUCGAACACAACUACUUUGGCUUCUUGGGUGAGGGCCGACUGGAUGUUCUACUCUUCACAUCCAGCCCUCUUCCUCAGCACGUACCUCGGUCACGGUUUACUCAUUGAUUACUUUGAGAAGAAAAGACGACGCAAUAACAACGCCGAUGAAGUAAACGCCAAUAAUCUGGAGUGGCUGUCGAGCCUGUGGGACUGGUACACCAGCUACUUGUUUCAUCCCAUCGCUUCUUUCCAACACUUCCCUUUUGACUCGGAUUGGGAUGAAGACCCGGAUUUGUUCUUGGAGCGGUUGGCCUUCCCCGAUCUCUGGCUUCACCCUCUGAUACCAACGGAUUACAUAAAAAACUUACCCCUGUGGAGGUUUACGUGCCUCGGCGCCCAUUCUGACGAGGAAGCGCUGGAAACCUUUCAAGACAGCGAGAGUGACUCUGACAGUGAGCACAGAGAGGCCUCCGGGAGUGAAAAAGGCGGCUCGGAG